AAUGUGACAGGAGGCAAGAGUCAAAGCGGCAGCCUGUACCCUGCAAACAGCCACAGCCCUCUACUGAGCGCAGAGAAUGAACCCACCCUAGUUAAGAGGAUGGCUUUUGUCUGGACCACAAGUGCUGGAGUCCGAAUCUAGGAUGAGCAAACUGGGCGUGGAAAGAUGAGCAACUUCCUCAAGGUGACACAGAAAGUGGCAGAGCAGUCUGGUUCCAGAGUCCUUAACUGCUCACUCUCCUUUGCUCACCCAGUGUGAUCGGCUCCAACUCCCCAGGAAUAUGAUUGAAAACAGCAUGUUUGAGGAAGAACCAGAUGUGGUGGAUUUAGCCAAAGAGCCUUGUUUACAUCCUCUAGAGCCUGAUGAAGUGGAAUAUGAACCCCGGGGUUCCCGGUUGCUAGUACGGGGUCUUGGUGAGCAUGAGAUGGAUGAGGAUGAGGAAGACUAUGAGUCAUCUGCAAAGCUGCUGGGCAUGUCCUUCAUGAACAGAAGCUCAGGCCUUCGGAACAGUGCAGCUGGCUACAGGCAGAGCCCAGACGGGGCUUGCUCAGUCCCCUCUGCAAGGACCAUGGUGGUCUGUGUUUUCAUCAUUGUGAUUGCCAUUUCUGUAAUCAUGGUGAUUUACCUACUGCCCAGAUGUACCUUUACCAAAGAAGGCUGCCAUAAAAAAAACCAGUCGCUGGGACUAAUUCAGCCACUUGCAACAAACGGGAAGUUGUUUCCAUGGGCACAAGUCAGGCUUCCCACUGCCAUUAUGCCAUUACGUUAUGAACUGAACCUACACCCAAACCUAACCUCAAUGACAUUCACGGGUUCAGUAGCAAUUUCCAUUCAGGCUGUUCAAGCCACAUGGAAUGUCAUUCUUCAUAGCACAGGUCAUAAUAUUUCAAGAGUGACCUUUAUGUCAGCAGUUUCAAACCAAGAAAAAAAUGUUGAGAUCCUGGAAUAUCCAUUCCAUGAACAGAUAGCCAUUGUUGCCCCUGAAGCCCUUCUAGCAGGACACAAUUAUACCUUGAAGAUAGAGUAUUCGGCAAAUAUAUCCAGCUCCUACUAUGGGUUUUACGGCAUCUCCUACACAAAUGAAAGUAAUGAGAAAAAGUACUUUGCAGCAACUCAGUUUGAACCCCUGGCAGCAAGAUCUGCUUUUCCUUGUUUCGAUGAACCAGCGUUUAAAGCCACGUUUAUCAUCAAGAUCUUAAGGGAUGAGCAAUACACCGCUUUAUCAAAUAUGCCUAAGAAGUCCUCAGUCAUUCUGGAAGAUGGACUUGUUCAGGACGAGUUUUCUGAGAGCGUGAAGAUGAGCACGUACCUGGUUGCAUUCAUUGUGGGGGAGCUGAAGAACCUGAGUCAGGACGUAAACGGGACCCUGGUUUCCAUAUAUGCUGUACCAGAAAAGAUUGGCCAGGUUCACCAUGCCUUGGGAACAGCUGUCAAACUUCUUGAGUUUUAUCAAAACUACUUUGAGAUUCAAUACCCACUUAAGAAACUGGAUUUGGUGGCUAUCCCCGACUUUGAAGCAGGAGCAAUGGAAAAUUGGGGUUUGCUCACCUUCCGAGAAGAGACGCUUCUGUAUGACGAUAAUACCUCUUCAGUGGCAGAUAGAAAACUGGUUACUAAAAUCAUCGCUCACGAGCUGGCCCAUCAGUGGUUUGGUAACCUGGUAACAAUGCAGUGGUGGAAUGAUCUAUGGCUAAAUGAAGGUUUUGCCACCUUCAUGGAAUAUUUCUCUUUGGAAAAAAUAUUCAAAGAGCUCUCCAGUUAUGAAGAUUUCUUAGAUGCUCGAUUUAAAACCAUGAAAAAAGAUUCCUUGAAUUCAUCUCACCCAAUAUCAUCAUCUGUUCAAUCUUCAGAGCAAAUCGAAGAAAUGUUUGAUUCUCUUUCCUAUUUUAAGGGAGCUUCUCUCUUGUUGAUGUUGAAAACUUAUCUUAGUGAAGAAAUAUUUCAACAUGCUGUUCUUCUUUACCUGCAUAAUCAUAGCUAUACAUCCAUUCAAAGUGAUGAUCUGUGGGAUAGUUUUAAUGAGGCCACAAACAAAACAGUAGAUGUAAAGAAAAUGAUGAAAACCUGGACCCUACAGAAAGGAUUUCCAUUAGUGACUGUUCAAAGGAAAGGAAAAGAACUUUUAAUACAACAAGAAAGAUUCUUUCUAAAUAUGAAGGCUGAAAUCCAACCUUCAGAUGCAAGCUACCUGUGGCAUAUUCCAUUGUCCUAUGUCACUGAUGGAAGAAAUCAUUCAGAAUAUCAAGCUGUAUCAUUACUGGACAAGAAAUCAGGUGUCAUCAAUCUUACAGAAGACGUGCAGUGGGUUAAAGUCAAUACACACAUGACUGGAUAUUAUAUUGUACACUAUGCAGAUGAGGACUGGGAUGCACUAAUCAAACAAUUGAAAAGAAAUCCUUACGUUCUGAGUGACAGGGACCGAGCCAACCUCAUCAACAACAUCUUUGAACUUGCAGGCCUGGGCAAGGUUCCUCUUCGGAGAGCCUUUGAUUUGAUUGAUUAUCUUGGAAAUGAGAACUGUACUGCACCUAUCACUGAAGCCCUGUUCCAAACAAACCUCAUCUAUAACCUCCUUGAAAAACUGGGACACAUGAAUCUGGCCUCAAGACUGGUGGCCAGGGUAUUCAAAUUGCUUCAAAACCAAAUCCAACAACAAACUUGGACUGAUGAGGGCACCCCAUCUAUGCGAGAGCUUCGGUCAGUCUUGUUAGAAUUCGCUUGCACCCACAGCCUGGAGAACUGCAGGUCGUCUGCCAUGAAGCUGUUUGACGAGUGGGUGGCAUCGAAUGGGACACAUAGCCUACCUACUGAUGUUAUGACUACUGUGUUCAAAGUUGGCGCAAAAACUGAGAAAGGCUGGACAUUCCUUUUAAGCAAGUACAUCACUUUAGUCUCUGAAGCAGAGAAGAACAAAAUACUUGAAGCUCUUGCAAGCUCGGAGGAUGUACGGAAACUUUUCUGGUUAAUGAAAAGCAGCCUUGAUGGAGAUACCAUCCGAACACAAAAGCUGUCAUUUAUCAUUAGAACAGUGGGCCACCAUUUUCCUGGACACUUACUGGCUUGGGAUUUUGUCAAGGAGAACUGGAAUAAGCUUGUACAAAAGUUCCAUCUGGGCUCCUAUACCAUGCAAAGCAUUGUUGCUGGAUCGACUCACCUGUUUUCAACAAAGGCACAUUUGUCUGAGGUCCAGGCCUUCUUUGAAAACCAGUCUGAGGCAACCUUCCGGCUCCGUUGCGUCCAGGAGGCUUUGGAAGUCAUUCAGCUAAAUAUCCAGUGGGUGGAGAAGAACCUGGAAACGCUGACCUUCUGGCUGUAGCAUGCACAACCGCACCUCAUUCCGUUGCCCGUUCAGAGAGCUUUGUAAACCUGGGCUCUGCUGCUUUUGCGAAACCGGAGGUGAAACCAGGAUCGCUGCCAAGUUGUUUGCACUCGUAGGAGUUCUAGUUAGCUCAGGGCCCGACUGUAUUUUUCAUCUGUCUUUUCUGAAAUAUCUUUGGGCAGUAUGCAGUUAUUUAUUACCAAAUUAUAAUCACCUCCAUGCCAACCAUCUACAAAAACAAUGAGCAAUUUUUGUACUUUGAAGAUAUAUAAAUGAGGGGGGUCUGUUUUGGAAUUUCGUUCUGUCUCUCGGUAUCUGGAAAGUUACUGUCACAGUAAAGCAAGGAGAGGUCUUCCCUAAGAGUCACCAUGUUUGCAGGCUGCUAAGUGGUCAGCGUUUGCUGUUUCCUGUUGGUGGCGGUUACUGGAGCGUGGCACAAAGGUUGCUACGCAGAGUGUGGGAACGAAGAUGACGAACCAUGCAGCUGUAGAGACCUGAUCUCAGGUGUGCAGAUCUACUUUGGUUUGGGGUUCCAAUUAACCCUUAUUUUCUGGAAAAAAAAAAA